GAAGAAGUAUGUCAAAAGCUUUCACUAAACUUUUCUGCAGGCAGAAACAAUGAGAGGAAUCUGAAGAUCUCCCUCAGAGAGACGGAGACCGACUUCCGCGGACUGGUAGCCAUGGAUACAGCAGAUCAGUUCAACACAACUCAAGUGGAAGAAUCACAAUUUGAUCUUAAAUCCUUCAACUGCUGCUCGACUACCGGCACGAUAAAUGAUGAGAACAUUUUGGAGCUGGACGACAGCACACAGCUGGUCGGAGUUCAAGUAAUUCUCAUCCUGGCUUACAGCGUGAUUAUAUUGUUUGGAGUCAUUGGAAACUCCUUAGUGAUAUAUGUUGUGUACAUGUUUAAAAAUCUUCAGACCGUCACCAACUUCUUUAUUGUGAACUUAGCUGUGGCAGACUUGCUGGUGAACACGCUGUGUUUGCCCUUCACCCUUGUCUACACGCUGUAUGGCGAGUGGAAGUUUGGUCAGGUGUUGUGCUUCAUGCUGCCCUGCGCUCAAGGCUUGGCGGUGCACGUGUCCACCAUCACUUUGAACGUCAUCGCCCUGGACCGCCACAGAAGCAUCGUCUACCACAUGGAGACCAAGAUGUCCAGAGACAUGUGCGCUGUGGUCAUUGUCAUCACGUGGGUCGUCAGCGGCCUGUUGGCCAGCCCGCUCGCCAUCUUCAGGGAGUACGGGACGUUCGACCUUUCACCGGACGAGUCUAUUCAGGUUUGUACGGAGAAGUGGCCGGGAAGCAGCAUGAACGGAAGCCUCUACAGCAUAUCGGCACUUCUGAUUCAAUACGGUUUACCUUUGGCCAUCAACUGCUUUGCCUACAUCCGCAUCUGGAACACGCUGAAGAAUCACAUGACUUACGUUGGUCGGAAUGACCGUCAUCAGCGCAGGAGGAAGACCACGAAGAUGCUGCUGACCAUGGUGGUGGUGUUCGCCGUCAGCUGGUUGCCCUUCCAUGCGUUCCAGUUGGCGGUUGACAUGGGCAGCUCUGUGUUGUAUAUGAAGGACUUUAAGCUGCUUUUCACUGUGUUCCAUAUUGUAGCAAUGUGCUCGACGUUUGUCAAUCCCAUCCUAUAUGGUUGGAUGAACAACAACUACAGGGAGGCCUUUUUCUCUGUGUGUAAGUGUUACCGGCCCUUCAGUUCGAGGUCAAGACGCUCCAAAGGCAGAGAGACACACAAAAAUAAAGACAGGGUUUGUACAGAUUGCAAAUCAACAAAUGUCUAAGUUGCACAGUCAAAACCGUCAAAGACGAUUCAUUCAUAAUCACUUGUGGAAAUGGGAAGUCUGUGUUUUGGGUUGUGUGGGCAUUUUGAUGAAAUGAUAAUAUAUGGGUUGGAAGAAAUUACUUAAUCAUUUAAAAAACGGCUUUAAGUUAAAGUGACUAAAUUAACAUUAUUGACAC